ACUCAACCCAUACUGAGACUUUGUAUCCAUCCCGCAGCUCAGAGCUUUGUUCUAAGAGUUGUGGUUCUCUAGCUGUCUGUCUGUCUGUGUGGACGUUGCUGGGACCUUGUCCCAGACUUGAGCUGACCUCAGGGCUGCCUGUGACCAGAGUGGAUGGGGCCUAUCCCUCACAGUUCCUUUGCAGGGACCCUGGCCUCAUCAUGGACCCAGAAUGCUCCCGGCUCCUCCCAGCUCUCUGUGCUGUCCUGGCAGAUCCAAGGCAGCUGGUGACAGAUGACACUUGUUUAGAGAAACUCCUGGACUGGUUUAAAACAGUAACAGAGGCAGAAUCCAGUCUCCUGCUGUUAGAAGAGAAUCCCUGCCUAGUUGACCUGCUGUCCCAUGCCCUGAAAUUCCAGGAUGUGAGUUCCAGAAUCCUCUCCUUUUCACUUCGCCUUGCAGGGAUAUUUGCAGCCCAGGAAAACUGCUUCCAGUAUCUUCAGCAGGGGGAAUUACUGCUCGGGCUCUUUGGGGAGGCGGGCCCCCUUGGCUUCCCGGCCUGGAAUGUCCCCUCAGUGCGCAGUGGCUGGAUCCAAGGCUUGUGCUCCCUGGCGCAGCACCCCAGUGCUGAGCAGUUCCUGAUUGAAUGUGGUGCCAUGGACACCAUCUUCUCCCUGCAGGGGGAUUCCAGCCUUUUUGUGGCCUCUGCCGCCAGCCAACUCCUGGUCCAAGUCCUGGGUUUGUCCUUACAAGGCAGAGCUACCCUACAGCUCGGCUUACCAGAUGGUGACUGGCCCUCGUGUGCCCAGAGCAUCGUGGGCUACCUCGAGGAGUCCCUGCGCUCUGAAGCCACACCACAAGUCACGCAGGCUCUGAAGGUCCUGACCACCAUGUUUGGGCGUUGCCACCAGCCUUGGACAGAAGCCCUUUGGAUGCGGCUGAGUCCCCUAGUGGUUUGUCUCCUGGAGAAGGACCCUGUCCCCACGGCCCACUCACUUGUCGACCUCUUCCUCAGCAUGGCGCGGUCUCCUGUGUUUGGUUCUUCUGACUGUGACCUGUGGGUGACGUUGGCCCAGACUCUGAGCCGUCUGAGCCCCAUGCAGGCAGGGCCCCUGGCUCUGGGGAUCCUGAAACUCCAUGUCUGUCCCCAGGCUCUGAGAACCCAGGCUUUUGAUGUCCUCCUUCUGCCGCUGGCCUGCGUCCUGGAAGCUGCUGCCCAGCCCCCUGGCUUCCGGUCCUGUGUCUAUCCUCCAGGCUUGCUGGAUGGGACUGGGAGCAGCCUUGCGAUGGCCGAUGCCCUCCUGGCCUCCACAUCGUCCUGCGCCGGCCUCUUGUGCCAGAGCCUGGCCCACCUUGGGGAGCUGCAGCCACUGCCCCACGGUCCCCGGCUGUGGCCACAGGCGCCCCUGCUCAAGGCCACCGUGACGACACUGUGCUUCUGUAGCGGCUCCGCAGUGCCCGUCUCCAGCGUGGGGGGGCGCCUCUGCAGGAUCCUGGCUGGCUGCGUCCGCGUCCAGCGUGCGGCCCUCGACUUCCUGGGGACGCUGUCUCAGGGGACAGGCCCCCAAGAGUCAGUGAUGCAGGUGUUUGCCAUCCUCUUGGAGUACCUGAGGAGCCCCGAAUCCAGCCCUACGGUUCUGAAGAAGGCCUUCCAGGCCACUCUCCGGUGGCUCCUGAGCACCUCCAAAGUCUGUGGCUCCAAUGACCCUGGCUGCCACACCCAGCCAUUCCUCAGAGAGCUAUUCCCCGUGAUGCAGAAACGUCUGUGCAACCCCUGCUGGGAGGUGAGGGACUCGGCCCUUGAGUUCCUGACCCACCUGACUGCACACUGGGAAGGGCAGCCUGGCUUUCGACAAGCCCUCCUGGCCUCCGACAUGCCCGAGCUUGCCCAGCAGCUUCUCCAGGACCCCGAGGCCUAUGUCCGCGCAAGCGCAGUAGCCGCCAUGGGACAGCUGGCCAGCCAGGGACUGCAUGCCACCCCCACCGGCCCCGAGCACCCAGGAGCCCAGCAGAAGAGUCUGCUCCAGGAGCUCCUGCAUAUCCUCUCCACGGACUCUGAAGGCUUCCCUCGCAGGGCGGUGAUGCAGGUCUUCACGCGGUGGCUGCAGGAUGGCCACACCGCGAUGGCCGAGGACUUGGAGCAGUUCAUGGCCAGGGUGUUCCAGGUGGUGAGCCGGGACCUGGACUGGGAGGUGCGCGUCCAGGGCCUCGAGCUGGCCCGGGUGUUCCUAGCCCAGACACUGGGACCACCUGACUGCCCCUAUGCAGUGGCUCUGCCUGCAGCUGCCCCGCCCAUCCCACCUAUUGAGGUGCUGCGGACGCUGGGUCGGGUGCAGCUCCUUGAGUUUGCCUUCCGUGCCUUGUUUGACUGUGACCGGCCUGUGGCCCAGAAGUCCUGCGACCUCCUGCUCCUGCUGAGGGCCAGGACUGCCCCCGACAGCGGGCUGCAGGGGGCCGGAGGCGGCCCAGACACUGCUACCGUGGAGGCUGCCCUGCGGGCGUGGCAGGCGGGUGAACAGGGCCAGCCGCUGGGUGAGCUGGUGCCCGAGGUCGUGGUGGCUGUCCUGCGGGCCCUGGACCUGGAGGGGCUGCAGGCCACGCUGGCCCAGAGCAGCGACCACGUGGAGCAGAGCCCGCGGUCCCUCUUGCAGGACAUGCUGGCCACAGUGGGCGCCCUGGGGGGGCACGAAGCUGACUGCUACUGAGGCUGCAGGCCCCGCUCUCGCCAUGCGGCCGAGGGCCACGCCAGCCCCAGAGAACUGGAGCCUGGCCUUCAGCCUGGCCCGGCUACACAAGGGAAGCCGGGAGUGGCGGAGCAGCAAGAAGAAAUGGCUUGUUUUCUACUGAAAUGAAUGGCAUUUGGCAGCACUUUGUCCUAAGAUGGGUGGGACUUGGGCAGGCCCCUGGCCCCAGGGAGGCUUCCCUGGAGCCUCCCUGUGACACUGCUGGUUUGGAGACACGUCUGGGGAGGGAUCUCACUGUGACAUUCAGGGAGCCUGUAGUGAUGCCUCCAUGUGGACCCCCAGGUCCCCCGGCCCAUCCUCUCCAUAUCCCGGAGCAGGGACCCUCUGGGCAGCACAAGCUGGAGAGCCUCUGAACUCAGACCUGUGGCCCCUCCCAGCAAUAAGCGCCCCCGUUUCAGCCCCAGCCA